AUGGGCAAGAGGAAGAGAUCCCAGGGACACGGAGACGGGGACAGCAAUGGAGACGGCGAUGGAGAAGUCGAUGGAGGUGAUUCUGCGCCUCAGGAUGCAAAGAUCAGGCAGGCCGUGCUGGCGUUCUACUAUCCGCGGCUGCUCAGCCUGAGGACGUAUCUGCUGGAGCUGCUGCCAGCCUGCUCGACGGCCAGAAGACGCAGGAUAGAGCUUGUCGGGAGGGAGCAGACGCAGCCGCAGACGAGACAGAGGAAGAAGCAGAAGCAGAAGAUAGAUGGCGUUCCCGGUGGUGGUGAUGGUCGUCGUGAUGCUGGUGAUGAGCGACUGGCAGACCUGCUGGACUCGACCAUCGUAGGCAUCUCGAAGCCCGCCAGCCCAGCAGUCAGCGUCUUCAGGCAGAGAGAGCUCGCAGCUUUUACUCAGUCGCAGGCCAUGUCCUCGAACGUCGACGCGACGGACGUUGGUGCUUCCACUGACAUCGCGGACGUGGUCAACUUCACGAUAUACAGCUUGUUCAACCCGGCUGGACCGCAGGUGACGCCCCAGCACAUCCUCAGCUACGGCUACCAGCGUGCUGCAGAGCCCAUGGCUGCACACCGGGAGUGCGGCGUUGCGUCAGGCAUACCGGGCAUCGUCCCCAAGCUGCCGAACAGGAGUGUCUCGAUGCUCAAGAGUGCUCCCUGGACAGACGUCAUGGACAUGCUGGGUGACAACGGCGAGGAUAUCAUGCUCCAUCUACUGCUGGACUGCGGGUUGUUCAUCCGUCUCCAGGGCCAGUCUUACUACCAGCUCAGUGGAACAGGAACGACACUGUCCAGUAUGGAGACACUGGACGCCGUGAAGAAGGAAGACGCGCCUAGAAAGCCCAAUGAAGUUGUCUUUGUGCGUCGACGGAUGUUCUAUUCUCGUCCGGCGCUGAAUGCAAAGGGGGAGCCCAAGAUGGGACUACAGCAUAUCCCUACAGAUGUGCUGAAUAGAUACCCGGAGACCAGCAUCAGCCAUACAGUACAUGUUAUGAAGCACAUCUUUCCUCGCCAGUUUGGUCUUCACAACGCCUUUACCUCCACUGUCACCAGGACAGAGACAACCAUGCCGUUCAAAGACUACUCGCUGAGGGAGCAGGAGAUUGCCCUGAAGCCGGGAGAUAAGAUCCCCCGACGGCUGCGAGGUAGACUGGUCGAGUUGAUCCAGCGUAUGCAGAAGAGACAUGCUCGAUGUUCCUAUGUAGAGCUACUCCGCCAUUACUGUCCAAAGAAAACAAUAAAUAAUGGAAACGAAAAAGUUAGCAUGACAGACUAUGCAACUCCAACACAUGCGGUCUCAGCCUUCUGUCGUGCAGUCCUGCAGAAAGUGAUACCACAUGAGCUGUACGGAUGCGGCGAAGAUGGCCUCCACAACAGAGCCGUUGUCAUGCGCAACGUCGACCGGUUUCUCUCUCUGCGCCGCUUCGAAACCAUGUCUCUCCACGAGGUCGUUCAGGGGCUCAGGAUCGGAUGUGUCGCCUGGCUCUCUCCUCCGUGUCAACAGGGGGGUUGCACAGAUCAGGGGCAGCCAGGAAACCAUAACCAUAACCAUAACCACAACCACAACCACCACAACCACACCAACCAUAAACUAGCUCUGUCAGAUUAUCGAAAGAGGACAGAGAUAUUUCUCGAGCUCAUAUAUUACCUGUUUGACUCCCUGCUCAUCCCCCUGGUCAGAUCCAACUUCUACCUGACCGAAUCGAGCACGUAUAAGCACAGACUGUUCUACUUUCGACAUGAUGUAUGGAAACGCCUGUCCGAACCCGUCAUGGCGGACCUCAAGUCCACGCUCUUCCAGGAUAUCAAACACAGUAAAGCGGAACGGCUGCUCAACGGCGAAUCCCUGGGCUACUGCCAUAUUAGACUCCUGCCCAAGUCUCAGGGCGCCAGGCCCAUAGCUAACCUCAGGAGACGGCCGGUGCUCAAGAAUAAUAAGGGACGGUCUGGACAUGGACAGUCCUUCCUUGGAUCGAGCAUAAACUCCCAGCUCGACCCCCUUUUCCAGGUCCUCUGCUACGAACGAGACCAGUGCCCGGAAUCCGUAGGAUCAGGCCUCUCGUCAACGGCCGCAAUGUAUCCCCGGCUAAAAAGGUUCAAGGAGCAAAUUAAGGCAUCACCAACACGAGCUAACGGCCCGCUGUACUUUGUUAAAUUGGAUGUCCAGGCCUGCUUCGACACAAUCCCUCAGGCAAGGCUGAUGCAACUAGUCGAUACGCUGGUGGUUGACGAUUCGUACCGUCUCUCUAAGCACGCGGAGUUUCAUCCUAGCAUCAUUACAAGCGGGCCGUCGCGGGAACAAGUGAAACAGCAGCCCCGGGAGUCCAACAGGAACAAACCAACGAGGAGGUUCGUAUGGCGAGCAGCAGCCUCUGAUGAUUUCCAGCCCGUAUUCGACGCUGUUUCAUCCUCAUCCUCAACAACGCCUGGCCAGUGCAGUAGCAGCAACAACAGCAGCAGCAGCUCCAACCGCAGAAGCAGGUGUGGCGGUGCACCAGCAGUGUAUGUUGAGAAUGGCUGGCACCGGACCCAUACACGGGACGACCUGCUAGCCCUACUUGAGAAGCAUAUCCGCAACAACCUGGUCAAGAUCGGGAAGAAAUACUACCGCCAGAAAAGGGGAAUUCCGCAAGGAUCCGUGGUCUCCAAUCUGCUGUGCAACUUCUUCUAUGGCCAGCAUGAAGAGGAGCGACUGGGUUUUCUGCGCGAGCCCCAGGCGUCGGCCCCGACCUUGCUGAUGCGGUAUGUCGACGAUUACCUGCUUAUCAGCACCGACAGGAGGCUUGCCGAGCGGUUCCUGCAAGUGAUGCUGGACGGGGAUGAGGAGUUUGGCAUAUCCGUUGCCCCGGAGAAGACGCUGGUUAAUUUCGACGUCAACAUCGCGGGCAGGCAUAUCCCCCGUCUCGAGGGACGCCAGCUCCUGUUCUGCGGCGCCCUGAUCGACGUGAAAUCUCUGGCUCUCACCAGAGAUCGAUCGGCCACGAGUAACAUCAUCGACGCUGGCGCUGGCAGCCGCGCUGAUAGGGCCAAAGGGAAGAACGCCGCCGUGAGCACCCACGACUCGCUGACGGUCAACAUGACACGCCCGCCGGGCCAGGAGUUCACCCGCAAGGCCCUCAAGGCCUUCCAGAUGCAGGCCCAGACGAUGUUUCUCGACACGAAACACUCGUCCUCUGCCGUCGUGCUGGCCAGCCUUUUCCGCUGCUUUGCCGAGUGUGCCCUGAAGACCCGCGUGUACUACCAGGUCAUGCAGCGGUAUUCGUCUGCUCGAUCCUGCUCCUGCUCGCCUGGCCUGCUCAUCUCGACCAUCACCGCGGUGCUGGAGUAUGGGGCCUGCCGAGUCCGGACUGCGCCCGCCGCUUCAGGGGUUCCAGCCGGCUUCGAGUGCAGCGUCACACCGCGCCAGGUGCGCUGGCUAGGAGCCACGGCCUUUCGCCGUGUGCUGUCCCGCCGCCAGAGCUACUAUGCGCCUGUUCUGCGCUGGCUGGAUGCGCUUCUGCGAGCCUGCAGGCCGUCCACCGACCGCGAGCACUUCAGGCUCCGUCGGGCAGUCGCAGGCCCAUAA